AUGACGGACCAAAGACCAAUUUACAGAUCACAUAUUAGCCGUUUCUGGGAGAAUGCUACGUAUGAUGAGGCUAGCAAAGUGAUAUCUUCAGUGGUGGAAGUGAAUGGAAAGAAGGAAACUAUUUUGGUGACAGAAGCUUUAGUCCGUGAGGUGAUGAACUUUCCUGACGAAGCCAAUUAUCCUACGAGGUUUCCUGAACGUAUGGUGAAGGGUUGUAUGCUUAGAUUGGGUUACAGGGGUGCUUUGAACACGGGAAACUACCUAAAGUCGAAAUUUCAGAAGUCUUUCAAGUUCCUCAUUCAUUGUAUUCUGAUUUCGCUUAGUCACACGAAGGGUAGUUAUGAUCAGAUGAGGGAUCAUCAGAUGAAUAUGCUGACGGCGUUAGUGUUGAAUAAAAAGUACAACUUCUCGCAUAUAGUGUUUCACUAUAUGGCGGAAAAUUUUACAACGAACGUUAGAGCAUGGAAGUAUCCGCGGUUUGUGCAGAUGUUAAUCGAUCACGCAUAUCCAGGGAUAGAUAGAAACAUUAAAAAUGAUCUUUUAGUACAAGCUCACAUGUCAAAUAAUACUUUGAAGCAGUUAGUGAAAUAUCAUCCAAACCACCCAGAGCCAGAUCUUGUUGUUGAAAACUUUGGGUAUAUCAAAGAUGUGAAGUAUGCUGAUCCUGAUCCAGAGAAUCAUCAGAACUGGAGAAAUCAGGAAGAAAUGAAAGAAGCAUUAUACGCUGAUGAGCUGAAGAUUAUGGAAAAAUUCAAAGACGUAAAGAACGAAUGGUAUGUGAAGGAGUCAGGUCGCAGACGUAGACUUGCAACUCCUACAAUAGAGGGUGAAGGUUCUUCGUCUAAGCCGAAAAAGAAACAAAAGAUGAAAGUGCAGACAAUGUUAAUUGAUGAGCCUGAUGAAGAUGUUCCUGGGGUAAAUGUUGAAAAGGAACAAGAGAUGACUGGUGCUGAAAACAUAGUAAUUGAGACAGAUUUGUUUACGACAGAUGCAUAUUUUGUUGAUAAUGUUGUGCAGACGGUUACUUCUGAUAUUCAAAAGGAAAAAGAGAAGGUGUUAGAUGAUGUUGAAGGUGACGACGUUGAUAAAGACACUACUAGUUCUUCUAGUUCAUCAGAAGAUGAAAUGAUUGAUGAGGUUGAACACGAAAGGAGAAUGAGAGAAGAGAUAGAAAAAGGAAAGUUGAUCAAGAAGAGGAAGAGGCAAGAACAGGAGGAUGCUCCUUAUGUUCCUUCUCUGGAGCAUGUUUCAGAGUCACAAUCUACUCCGAAAGGUCAUAAGAAAGCUGCAAGUCGAAAAAGAGCAACACCGAAGCAUAGAAUGUCAAAGAGACCUAAAAAGAUCUUUCAGAAGACUCCUACACCUCCACGGUUAGAAAAGAAGGUUGAAACAGAUCAAACUGAAAUUGAUAUUCUAAAAGUUCGCGUGUCUGAGCUUGAAGAAGAGAAGAAUCGUCGUGAUAGUCAGAAUGAAUAUUUCCAGCUUAAAAACAAAGAGCUUGCAGCAGCUAAAGCAGUAAGUGAUCAUGAAGUAUAUAUGCUGAAUAGAGUGGUCAAAAGUUUGCUUGGAAUGUCAGUUGAUCAGAAGUUUGAAGAGUUGAAGCUAGAAGACCUUCGUGCUGAACGUCAAGCAGAAUUAGAAAGGCAGAUGAAAGAUAAGGGUAAAGGGGUUGAAGGAAGUUCAGCUAUGCCUGAAACGGCUCUUGUACCUUCGAUGGUGAUCGAUAAUCCUGAGCCUAUAUCUGCAGUUCCUGGAUUAUUCGAAGAAGAAACUCCAACGCAUGAAUUAAUUGGUGGCGAAGAUGAAGAGGAUGAUGAAGAUGAUGAUGACAACGAGUUUGUAUAUUCUGCGAGCAGUCAUAGUUCUAAAGGUGAUGAUGAUGAUGACGCUGCAGGAGGUUCAGAUGUGUAUAAGGAAAUGCUUAAAGAUGUAAACCCUGAAAUUUCCUUCGAUUUUGAAGAGGAUUUAGAAUCGUUUGAUAUUAAUAAACAGCAAGAUUAUAAGUAUGACUAUGUUGAAGAUGCUGAUAUCUACGAUCGGGUUCAAGUUGAAGAUUGUUCUGAUAGUGAAGAUGUUCCUGAAGAUACAUCAAAGCUUCCAACUCUAAUGGAGUUCUUCGCAGCAGAAAAUAGAGAAGAGUUGCGACAAAAGGUGAUUGAAGCUGUAAAUGAAAAUGUGUUUGAAAAUCUGAAGAAAGAUGCUGAGAAAGAAAGUCAAUCGAAUGUUGAAAAAGAAGAUCGUUCGAAGUGGUUCAAAGACAGCCAUGAGAGAAAGUUCAAGAGGCCUUUGAAGUAUUUCCAACGUGAUAGAACUGUUUCUCUUGGCGAUGUUAUUAGUUGGGGUUUUCUGCCACAAGUGAACGCGUAUGCUAUUCGUAGGGAGUACGGCGUCCAAUACUUUAAACGUCUAUAUGACAUCAUGUCAUUACCAUGGUGGGACGUUGAAGAAUUAUCUAAAGUGAGAAGCUUGGAUUACCCUGUGAGGCAAAAUGACAAGGCGAUGUGGGGUUACAUUAAGUACGAGGCUCUAAAAGGUUUUAAAAAGUGGAAGCCUCAUCGUCCUAGAUGUGUUCAGAGGGUAGAUCCAGUGAGUGGUAUUACUGAAACAAUUCUGAAUGUAAAGCCCCCAAGAACCAUGACGACGAUUCCUAUGCCUGAAAUGGAGCAGGAUUUUUAUAAAGGUUUUAUUGAUUGGGUCUACAACUGUAUCACAACUGAAGCGAUCAUAACUUACAGAGCUGGUGGUGAACUUAGAAAUAUUCACGUCUAUGAUCCUAUGUGGUUGGUGAAUUGUUCGGCAAAAGACAUAGAAUGCUUGUUCAUUCACAAGAUUCGCUAUUCGCCAGCAGACAAAGAGCAAGCUCUUCAGUUUCAACGUGUAGUUUCACUGUGUUUUCAGAAGAGCAUAAAUUCUGAAAACAAGUGGAACUCUUCUUGGUGGUCGUUAGACGAGAAGAUGAAGAGAAAGGCAAAGCGUGAGCGUGAUCUUGAUAAUCAAAGGAUGGAAGAACAUAGAGGUAUGUUCAUGAGGGAACAGGAAAAAGAAGAGAAAGCGAGGAAGAAAGAGAAUGAAAAGAUCAGAGUUACGCUGAGUAAAAAGCCGAAACCGAAGGAAGAGAAAUACAAAGCUAUCUGA